AAGCAUGAACUUUCCAAAAAGUUUGGUAUUUCCCACCAACUUAAAAUGUUGCACCAAAAAUCACGAACUUUGCCAACGUGCUCCGAUUUCCCAAGUCGGGUUUUCCGGCGAAGUAGAUUGCUGACGUGUGUAUAUGUCUGACGUGGAUGGUGACGUGGAUGCUGAUAUGUACAAUGACAUGGAAUAAAUAAAUAAAAAAAUUUUAAAAAAAUUCUUCUAACAUAACCCCCCUUUCACCCACCCCCAAAUUGGAAUUGGAAGAUGCAAAAACGACUAAGACAAAAAUCAAGAAAACCCUAACAUCAAAAAUUAAACUUCAACUUCUGAAUCUUAUCUUCUGCUCAGCGGCGGCGACCUCGACUGUGACGGCAACCGCGACGGCGACGGCGACGGCGACCGCAACCUCCGAUGGCGCCGCCAACUCCAGACGACGUUUUUGGCCUCUAUAUUCAUCAUGGAGGACAUUUCAUUCCAAAUGGCAAGUUUCAGAAAUACAUUGGUGGUGGAAUGGCUCAGGCAAGUGAUCUAGACCCAGAUAGAUUUGGGUAUUUUGACUUGGUUGAGGAAUUGAAUAAUAUAGGGAUUCACACAUGGAGCAAACUCACCUUUGUAAAUUCUACGUCAGCAACCCACGUAGAUAUAAAAAGUGAUAAGGAGGUGAUGGAGAUGCUAUCUGCUAAUCUAAGUGUUAGUUUUAACAGAAUGUGUAGCAUAUAUGUUGUUGGUGGGAGUGUGGGAAUGGGAGAAAGGGUAGUGGAAAAGGUUGAAAAAAAUAGUAAGAGUGUGGUUGAAAAGAGUCACUUUGAAUCUGCCACAAAAAUUAGAAAUAACACUUCUACGAGCAAGGGUAAGACUGUGAUUGAAAAAAAUGUGGGAGAAAAUGUGGUUCAAUCAGUGGAGAAGAGGCUUGUUGAAAGUGUUAGUAAGAGUGUUGCUAUAUCGUUUGGUAGAGGUAGAAGUGGUAGUGAGAGGGUGGUCAAGUCUACUAAGAAGCAUGAUAGUGAAACAUUUAAUAAGAAGAUGAGUGAAUCUGUGAGUAAGACAAUGGCCACAACUGUGGAUAAUAAUGCUGGUGAAGGUGGGAGUAAGAGUUUGAGUGAAUCUGUAGAGGAGAAUAUGAGUAGUUCUGUGGAGAAGAAUAAUAUGAGUGGUUCUGUGGAGAACAAUUUGAGUGGUCUUGGACAUGAGGGAGUUGGAUCAGGUAAUGAGGUUUUGGGAGAAGGUGAGAAUGAGAGUGAUUGUGAUGGCAGUUAUAUACCAUCAACUGAUGAUGAGGAGACUGAUGAUGAAAUGGAAGCCGAUGAGCUAGUGUCUGAGGAUGAAGAAUAUGCACAAUGCAGAAAGAAGAUGAAAGAGAGAAAGAAGCCCUUUGUAAUAACUGAUGAGAUGUUCCAGGGGAUAGUCAAUGGAGGACAAAAGAGUGAUUAUGUGUCUGAAUAUGAAAAUUCUGAAGAGGAUGAUAUUUACUCUGAUUCCACUGAUUUUGAAGAUGAAGGGAGACGAUCUAGACAACGACAUGUUAAAGUGAUGUAUGAUCCAAAAUGUGAUCAUAAGGUUCUCACAUUCAGUGCUGGUAUGGGAUUUAUUGAUGGGCACCAAGCUAGAGACGCACUGACAGAUAAUGCAGUGUUGAAUGGAUGGCAAAUUCAUUUUAAAAGAGCAACUAAGAAGCAACUUGAAGCAGGUUGUUUGAGUCCUUGUAAAUGGAUGAUAUCUGGGAGUCGAGUGACGAAGACAGGAGUCUUUUUAAUGAAAAAUCAGAAUGGGGUUCACACUUGUCCUAGGGCAAUGAGAAAUAAAAUUGCUACAUCCAAUUGGAUUGCUAGAAAAUACUUUCAUGUCUUUAAGCUUAAACCAAAUAUGAGUUGUAAAGAUUUAGGCAGGGAUCUAAUGCAGAGGUAUGCUGUUGAGGCCACAAGGUGGAAGCUAUACCAUUCAAAGAGAAAAGCUAUUGAUUUGUUGAAGGGAUCAGUGGAAGAUCAUUAUGCCAAGUUGAGGAGCUAUGUACUUGAGUUGAGUAGAGCUGACAAAGAAGGUAGGUUUGAGGUACAUGUGGAUGUAGGUGCUGUGUUCAAGUCAAUGUACAUUGGAUUUAGUGGUUUAAGAAAGGGUUUCAAGGAGGGGUGUAGGAGGGUGAUUGGACUGGAUGGGGCUUUCUUGAAGACUUACUUGGGUGGCAUACUGUUAUCUGCGGUGGGAACUGAUGGGAAUAAUCAAAUGUAUCCUAUAGCUUGGGCAGUAGUUGAAAUUGAGAACGAGGUUUGUUGGAGUUGGUUCAUUAACAUUCUAGUGCAAGAGCUGAACUUGGGUGAAGGAGUUGGAGUUACUAUUAUAAGUGAUCAGCAAAAGGGGCUUGAGAAUGCAGUCAAGGAGCUUAUCCCAUUGGCAGAGCAUAGAAAUUGUGCAAGACACAUCUAUGCCAAUUGGAAAAAAGUUCACAAGGGUCCUAAACUGAAGCAGCUUUUUUGGAAGCUUGCUAGAAGCACCUACAUGCAGGAGUAUGACUUGGCAUGCAAGGAGUUAGAGAAUGAAGAUGGGCAAGCAUUUGCUGAUUUAAUGGACAGGAACCCGAGUAAAUUCUGUAAGGCCUUCAUCACCUCCACACAAUACUCUGAUGCUAUUCUCAAUAAUGUCUGUGAGUGUUUCAAUGCAUACAUUUUGGAGGCUAGAAAUAAACAUAUAAUAGACAUGCUUGAGGAGAUGAGAAUAACACUUAUGGAGAGGUUGUAUAGAAAAGCUGUAGAGAUUGAAGCAGCUGAAAGUAGUUCAACAGUGUGUCCAAAAAUUAAGAAAAAAAUAAAUGCAAUGGUAUAUGAGAGUAGGAAUUGCACGACAAUACCUGCAUUAGGGGGAAAUUUCGAAGUUACUCACUUUGAUGACAGAUUUGUUGUGACUCCUUCAAAAAGGCAGUGUGGUUGUAGGAAGUGGGAUAUAACGGGCAUCCCUUGUUUGCAUGGUAUUGCUGCUAUUAACUUCCUUAAGCGGGAUGUGGAUGAAUUUGUCCACCAAUACUUUUCUGUGACCAAGUAUAAGUUGGCAUAUGGAUAUGGCCUACCAGCUGUGAAUGGAGUCAAAUUAUGGCCCGUUGCUGAGGGUUUUCCAGUCACCCCACCACAUGUUAGGAAGAUGCCUGGUAGGCCUAAGAAGGUUAGGACGAGGGACCCAUUUGAGAAGGAUCCGGCCAGACCAAACAAGCUAAGGAAGAUAUGUGUCAUGACUUGCCAAAACUGUUUCCAAGAAGGCCACAACUCAAGGAGUUGCAAGAAUGAGACUGUGCAUGUGGCAGAGAAACCAAAGGCAAAAAAGGGAAGGCCUCGUAAGACGCCACAAGCAUCGACUACGGUUCGAGGGAGAGGUAGAGGAAGAGGAAGCGCUGGAGCAAAUCCGACUGCUGGAGUAGGCUCUACUCAACAAAGUGCAACUUGA